GUGAAUCGAGAUUUUAUGUGGAUUUAGAUAGUAAAAAUGACUGUGUCAAAGUCCGAGUGUUAUUCACUGAAAGUUGACUCGAAGCAGCUGACUGAGUGGUCAUGUGACUAAAGAGGAAGCAGUCGAGAUGGGCGCAGUGUACGGAGGAGUGGAAGGCGGUGGGACACACUCUAAAGCAGUACUGGUUUCUGCUGAGGGACACAUCCUCGCUGAGACAGAUGGACCAUGUACCAAUCACUGGUUGGUUGGUGUUGAUAAUUGUAUUAAUGGUAUCAAUGACAUGGUCCAGAGGGCUAAAAUCAAGGCAGGGCUGGACCCGGACACACCAGUUUGUUCAUUGGGAAUGUCUUUGAGUGGUGGAGAGCAGAAAGCUGCUAUCCAGAAGCUGAUUGAUGACAUGAGGGAGCGAUACCCCAAGCUGAGCCAAAGUUAUUUUAUUACCACCGAUGCCAUUGGCGCUAUGGCCACUGCCAGUGACUAUGGAGGUAUAGUGGUGAUAUCAGGCACUGGUUCGAACUGUAAGCUGGUCAAUCCAGAUGGCACACAGGUUGGCUGUGGGGGCUGGGGUCACAUGAUGGGAGACGAGGGCUCAGCAUAUUGGAUUUCUCACUUGGCUAUUAAAACAGUUUUUGAUGCCAGAGAUAACCUCGUCACAUCCCCUCAUGAUAUCACCUAUGUUAAGAAGGCCAUGGAAGAAUAUUUCCAGGUGUCGGACUUGAUGGGAAUGCUUCCUCAUUUGUACAGAAACUUUCAGAAGUCACAUUUUGCAGGGUUCUGUAGGAAACUAGCUGAAGGUAUGCUGCUGGUGUGUGGUGUGAGGUUGUGUGUACAUAUGCCACACAUUAUGACUCUUUGUGAUUGUGCAUCAGGUGGCGAUGCUGGUGAUGCUUUGUGUCAGCACGUGUUCACAGAAGCUGGAAGAACGCUUGGACGCCACAUCGUAGCAGUCCUUCCUAAAGUACAUCAGGAUCUGUUUUCUGGUGAGCUUGGCUUGCCUGUUCUUUGUGUCGGUUCUGUGUGGCGCAGCUGGGAACUGAUGAAAUCUGGUUUCACUCAGGUCCUCUCAGAGGCUCAGGCUCAUGGUUACAGUCACUUCCAGAAGUACAGUCUGCUUACUCUUCGUCAGUCCUCCGCUCUGGGUGGCGCCAAAAUGGGGGCACAGAACGCAGGAGCCAGCCUCCCUCUGGACUACUCGGCUAAUGUCAACAUGUUUUUCAGCCAUACCUUCAAUCAGUGAUCCGGAAGAAACAGACCUUUGAGAUGCGGCUGAAGAACUGAAUUGGGAACAUACUGUUCUAAAACUGAUAGAGAAAUGUGUUUCCAGAUUUUCCUCUUGUUGGGGCUGUUUCUCAAACACCCAUAUCAUAUUAAACAAAACAAAACAAAAAAAUUAAGUAGAAUUGGGAAAAAAAAAGUUUUUUGUAAAUUUUGGUAAAGUUUUAAUGUCAUGUGACUUUUUUUGAUAAACAUCGCAAAACUCAUUUUAAAAUGUCAUUAAUAAUAGUUUUGAUAUAGAUACUCUUGAAAAUAAAAUUGUUUAUAAUUUUGGUGUAGCAGUGACAUUU